CUCUUUUGUCUCUGUCUUUGUAUUAGCUUGAAAAAUCUCUGAACUGAGGCUUCAGGCUACAGACACACAGGCAGACGAGGUGAUUUCACCCUCAUAUAUCGACAUAUCACAUUUACACAAACGUGUUCACUCCAGCAAUAGGGAAACCCCAGCUAAUACACGUUGCUGGACACAAACAUGCACUGACAAGCAUUAUAUUUGCUCACACUAAGUAACAUUCUAUUUUGCACACCAUGUAGUUACAUAUACACAAGACACAAUGGCAUGCUUUAUAAACAUACACACAGUCUGCAGGCUGUGAUACACCCAGGCACGAGCACACAGACAAUGACAGGCACUGGCAAACACCUCGAUACAAACAUGAUGUCAGGGAUACUCUGACACACAUCCUUGCACACUUGCAUGUACUCUCAGGCAGAAAUUUGGGGUUUUCGAGCUCUGCUGAUAUGGAAUUAUUGAUUCUACUCGGGAUUCUGAGCAUAACUGGAGCUAUCAGUGGCUCUCCCAGCAUUCCCUCACUUCCCCUGUCACUUGAGGUUAAAGAUGUUCCACAGUAUUUCCGUUUGCAGCGGGCAGUGCCCAUUGAGGAAACAGAGAAAACUAUAUCCAAAUGUGUGAUGGCCCAAUCACAUAGUGAGACCUUUCUGGUCACCCGCCUAGGAUCACGUGAGCCACAUGUUCGAGCAUCAUAUCAACAUUUACAGGAUCAAGUGAGUGUCCCUUGGAAAGUGCUUGGAGCCAGAGUAAAAGGUGUACAAGGAGAAUUGGUGGGGAAUGAGGUGUCCCCCUCAGAUCCUGUGGCACGUGUCCUGUUUCAUAGAUCAGGGGCUGAUGGACCUGUACGUGGAUCACAAAAUCAAUGUGUGACUGUGCAAGGGACCCACAGUGGAUUGAAUGUGGAAGGCUCCUGUAAGAUACAGAUUCCUCUGGAUGUGUGUGUCGUGGAACUUCUAUUUUCCCCUUCAUGGUUCACCCUUACUUCCCUUCCAUUGAAUGUGACCUUGAAUUACUCCGUAUCUGAGGACUGUGAAUGGACAGGGGAAGGAUCAGAGGUCAAAGGUUCACUGCGUGUGUUAAGCGUGGGGACCCCAAAACUACAGAAGCUCAGUGUGGGCGAUUCAGUCACUGUGACCCUCCCAGAUAAGACUCUCCUCCCUGGAGAAGUGUUCACCGCUUCAAUUAGCCUUAGGCACAACUGGACACAACCUAGCUUUAGUCUAAGGGUUCGGUGCCGCGCAGGAUUGGAGCUGCUGUUUGCUCGCUCUGCUGCUCCGAACAUAUGGGCUGUGAAGACUGAAAUGCAGCGGGGUGCCAAACACCACACUGUGAUCGGACAUGUGACUCACCGUGGAGCAGCUGAGAGAAGGCCUCCACCAGUAGUUGCACUCCUGGAUUUCUUGGUAGGUAACGUUUCAGCUGGUUCUGCUGUAUCUCGGAGAAUCACUUUCCAACUAGAUGUUCCAGGAAGUAGUGCUGCUGCUGUGGGAGUUCGGGGGAGUGCUGAAGUUCUGGUGUCUGAUCGUGACCUUCGAGCCAUCAUACCGCUUGUGAAGUCCCAUGAGAUAUUAAAUACAGCCCCUCUCACGGGCAUCUCUCAGAAGAUCCCAGUUCGUGUCUUAGCUUUGGAGGCUGGAGGAUCAGUGCUAGAUGUCACCAAGCAGGCAGGCUGUGAGACGCCCAAUGCUCAAAUUGUACAGGUGUCUGAUGGCUGUGACUUCCUCUUUGUGGGUGGAAAAGAAACCCAAGGAGCCCUUGGCGUAAAAGUUGAAUUCUGGCUGGAACGUCUCCGUUCUUCUCUCUCUCUUUCACUUUGGGUUCCGCUGCUUCCUCUAAGAGUUGAGGUCUCUGAUACAAACUUGCAGCGGCUGCAAGGCUUUGGAACAUUGGGUGCCCAUCAGGAAGAGGAGGGCAGUGAUCGUCGAGCUGCUGAUCGCAGGAUACACAGCUGCCGAACCCAGUAUCAGAGGGCCCGUGUCCGCUUUCUGGCGUAUUUUGUUGCUCACUCAUUGGAUGGCAGCCGUCAGCUGAAUUACCUUCUUGGAACAGAUUGGCUGCUGGAUGUGUCGCCCCUUAUCAGGAGUCAGGCAGUUAUAAGAGAUUCCCGUAUUGCUCGUCUAGAGGAGGAGGGUAGUGUACUCAUUGGACAGGAACCAGGUGUAACCUCUGUAGAGGUGCGAUCUCCUCUUUCCCAUUCAAUUCUUGGAGAACAGACAAUUUUAGUCUCAUCUGAAACUGUCUCUAUCUUGGAACUUGGCUCUCACUUGGUAUGGGGGAUAUCAUUGUCUGUUAAUCCUUAUGAGAUUCAGCAUCCUGGUGUCUUUACAGUCUCGUGUCAGUCCCAGAAUACAGCUGUGGUUCCGAAACAGGAAUCUGCAUUGUCUCUAUGGCUUGUGUUCAGUGACAUGUCCAUCUCUCCAAUAACUAUCUAUGAUCCACUAGAGCUCUCACUUAGUGUUGUUUCCCCUGAACCUUCUGUGCUCUCUGUGCGUCGUACUUUAAUUACAGGGAGCACUUGGUCUUUGCCAACGCUUGUGUAUGAAGGCCCAGGGGAGGCCCCUUGGUUACGUUGGUCUCUGCUUAUUCCAGAACGAUGCCGGGAUGGCGAAGCUCCAGGGUUGCUUAGUGCUGGGCGUAUGUGUGUUACAUUUCCCAGUAAUGCUACAGGACAUGGGGCACAUUCUACAAGUGAUAUUAUCCAGCGGGACAGUGACCUCCAAACCAGAGACAAUGACUUCUCAAGUGCCAAUAAUGUAAUUCCAGGAACUAGUGACAUAAUACUGAGAAGUGAUGACACCCUGUUAGAGGAUGAUGAAUCUCAUCCUGGUGCUGAUGACAUUGUCACAACACCAACACGAUGGGGUGUCCCAGGCUUGGAAGAAGGAUUGUAUGGACUUCUUGCCAUAUUUUCUCUUCUAACUCUCCUCUUUUUGGUUAGUUGCGUAGCUUUCAUCAUGAGGCACAGGAACAAGUCACCCCCUGAUUGUCCUGGGAAUCCAGAGGCACCCAAUUGGGUUUGGCUGGAGGGUCCAGAAAGUGAUGUUCCAAGGACUCAGGGAGGAGGAGGAGGAGGAGUGAGGGAGGAAGAAGAAGAGGAGAGUGGGCAAUGGGAGGGAAUGGAUAGGGGACCACAAAGCCUUACCAGUACUUUUCAUCCAGUAAGAAAUACCCAGGGAUCUGAUGCCCCCAUUGGCUUACAGCCAGAUACACGAUCAUUCUCCACACCAACAAGCCAUUCUAGGGCUUUAUUAGAAGCCAAGAGGCCUGAAGCAGUGACUUUCCAAACCCCACAAGAAGGUGAAAGAAAAGUAGUUAGAAUGCCAGAUGAUCAAUCUGUACGCUCCAUCCUGGUGGCCAGUGAGGAGGAUAUCAUGUGGGUAUGCAAGGAUAUGGGCAUGAGGGAACCCCAAGAGAUCCUAAGUUACAUGGAGAGAAUAAGAGGAGAAACACCACCUCUUGGAGAGAGGAGGAGAGAGGGACCAAGGGGGAGAGGGAUGGAUAUAGUAGGGGCAAGUGUGAGAAGACUAACUUAAUGCAAGAGGUAUUAUGGACAGAUGGGGUAUGUGGACGGCAAGCAAAGCAAGAAUGAAAGAAGCUCUCAGAUGAGUGUCAUAGAGAUAUCGGGCAAAAAACUACAUGUGUUUUUUUCAGAACCAAUGUAAAUUAACCGAUAAAUAAGAGUGCAUCAGUGGAAAACAUUAUCAGUGUUUUUAAGCAAUGAGGAGUUUGCAAAACUGGAACUAGAAGUUACCAAGAAAGCACAAAUGAUUCAGUAUUAUAAAAAGGAAUGUGCAAGGAGUUAGAUAAGUCCCUCCUGAGAUAUUUGAACAUUAGAGUGGAGAAAACUAAAAUACAUUUUAUUCUUUUUUUUGCAUUCUUUAAGGGCAACAGAUAAUUCUGUCUUGUAAAAGGGGAUUGGUAUUAUUGAAAGUUAAAAAGAUAUCAGUGCACCUAAGAAUUAUUGUACCUACUGCCACUGCCAUUAAAAUAUAUGUAUCAUGUUAUUAUCUGGUCACAAACAUAUUGUUUAAUGAACCCAUUUAAGUGUAAGUGUUUAAGUUUGUAAGUGCAAUGUUCUAAAGAGAGAUAAGCUGCUUCGUGUGUUGAAAUUAUAUUGGUUUUAUCUUUGCUAUUCUUCUAUAAGACUGAAUAUGUUCAGUGGUGCUUAAUACGUAAUAAAAUGUGUUCAAAUAUGUACAUAUAAACCUAGGGAUACACAUGUGGAAAUGGUUUCCUGGACAUUACUAUGACAAGUUUAGAUCAUAAACUGGGAUAAUAGAGAACCUGGCGAUCUAAUGUAAACCUUACACUGAUGGUAUGGGGAGUGGAUUUUGCAUUUUAUUUAAUUAUACACACCCACUAUGUUAUCAGUUGAAAUACAUUUUCAAUUUAUGAUUUUAAUUUACAAAGAUAUUCUGGUAUAAUCAGAGGUAGGUGGGAGCAAUAAAUACAAGAAAGCAAAUUAUAUUGUACAAUGCAUCAUUUGUUAAACACUCUUGUGGGAUUCCAUAGUAAUCUAGGUUGGAAAUAAGACUUGAGACCAUUAAAGAAACACUAUAGUGCCAAUAAAACAAACCCGUUUUCUGGGCACUAUAGGCUCUUGGAGUACCCCCCUCCCUCGGCUCUCAAGGGCUUAAAACCCCUUCUGCCACUUACCUUAAUCCAGUGCCGGACUCCCUCAGUACUGGUAACCUCUCCUACCCCGCCUUCGUCAGCUCCCGAGUGGAGCCGAAUGCGCAUGUGCGGCCAGAGGCGCGCACGCAUUUAAACCCACCCAUUCUUAUUAUUACUCAAUGCUUUUCUAUAGGGAUCUUAUUUGACGCUGGACUCACUGAGGACAUCCAGCGUCAAAUAAGUGCGAUUUACUUGGUGUAAAUUGCGAAAGCGGCCUCUAGUGGCUGUCAGGGAGACAGCCACGAGAGGCUGGAUUAACCCUGCAGUGUAAACAUAGCAGUUUAUAUGAAACUGCUAUGUUUUCAGCUGCAAGGUUAAAACUAGAGGGACCUGGCACUCAGACCAGUUCAUUGAGCUGAAGUGGUCUGGGUGACUAUAGUGGUCCUUUAAGAUCAACUUUUUUUUUUUGUAAUUUAAAAAGUCUGCCACAGAGUAUAAUGCAGAAGCAAUUCAUCUCAUGUUUUUUUUUGUUUUGUUUUUUAGAUGAUAACCUAUCUAUACACUGUUUUGUAACUUGCUAGAAAAUGUAUUAAUAUAAUUGUAUUGUAUAUCUUGGUUUUAUUAUUUAACUCUGUGCUUUAGGCAUAGAGGCAAGACAAAACUAAAGAUAUGGACGCCAAAACAAAUGCACGCUCACCUUCUUACUGCAGUUGCAGAUGACCGUGUUUAGCAAGUUUUUAUUUCACCAGCACAAUGUACAUAAUACAUGUUUGUACAUUCUUAAAGUUGAUAUCCACAUGCUGUUUGGAUGACAGGUCCAAUUUAAAUUAAUGUUGUGUCCAUGUAUAUAAAAAUAAAGGACACUUUCAGAACACAUUAUUGAGAUUUAUCAUGUUUAGAUUAAAAAAAAUAUGACCACCUUACUUGUACGUAACUGUUGGACUUUUAUUCAACUAAUAAUCAGAUUACAAAAUAUGGGCCAAAAAUGUAAUAUAUAUCAUUCACCUAAAUGCUAAAGUUCACUUUGCAAUUCAACCCAAAUCAUUAUUAAGUGAACAGGUCCAUUGGGGAGAUUCAGCCAUGGAUAUGAAUGACUUACAAAAACUGAGGAACGUGUUGACUGCAAACAUUGAACUAUUCCAAGAGACAGUUCCUAAAAUAUUACUGCUUGUGCCUAACAUUGGAGCAAUGGUUCAAGAGUUUUUUUUUUUCUCUCUUUCAACCUUAAUUUGCUCUUGAGAAAAUCAAAAUCACACAUACCAUUUUAUGGUGCGCUUUUCUUAUUUAUUUUUUAUAAAAUUAAAAGUAAUUUUCUCUUUUUAUCCCUUGUAGUGUAUAGGUUUGACUUGGCAGUAAGGUGUUUGUUUUUUCUUUCUUUCACAGCAAUAUGUACCUUGCCCCCAGAAUAUUUGAUGAUAAUUUUGGCGGGAUCUUGUGUAGUGUAAUAGGAUCAUUUGGGAUUAUGAAAAGCACAUACAAUUUCUAAAAUGGGGAUGAAUCACAGUCACUAACAAAAAAUGGGAUCUUGCAGUGUGAUUUUAUCAUUUUAAGAAAUACUCAUGUAUCAAAGGGAUCAUUAAAAUAAAGAGUCGCAAACAUGUUUAAAAUCACUCUGGCAACAAUUACAGGGUACAGUUAUAUGGAGCAAUAAAGAGAAGUGGGAAUGGAGAAUGUCAUGUAUAUCACAUUCACACUCUUUUCCUGCUAGUUACAAAAGUUGCACUGGUGAUUCUGUCACAUGCUGAUGAUUGUGGGUUAUCCAUAGCUGUAUGUAAAAGCUCAUUUUAAAGAGCUGUCCUGGUACCAUGUUUGUGAAUCUGUCCAUUGUCAAUGAUGUCACAUCCUGCUGUGUCCCAUGUAGAUGAUGUGUAUACAUUCACUCUGCACAAAUUGGGAAAGCUUAAUCAAAGCACAAAGUUAUCUUAAAUUGUAAUAAAAUUUUAUGAAAUAUCAA